AUGACUACUGUCCAAACUUUAAACAAUAUAUCUCAACAAAUUAAUAUUUAUUUGGGAACAAUUAUGUUCAUUUUCGGUCUAAUUGGAUGUCUAUGGAAUAUACUCAUAUUUCGUCAUUAUUCUCUUCGUUUAAGUUCAUGUUGUGUAUAUAUGUCAAUUGGUUCUUUAGCUAGUCUGAUUCAAAUAAUAUUUGGUUUAUUAUUUCGAAUCUUAGAUAAAGGUUUUCAACUGGAUUGGACAUCAACUAAUAUAGGAUGGUGUAAAAUGCGAAAUUAUAUAACCCAAUGUGCAUCUUUAACAGCACUUUCAUGUUUUGUAUGGGCUACAAUAGAUCGAUUUUUUUCUACUUGUCGUCAAAUAAAAUGGCGUUCAUUCAAUUCAGUACAUAUAGCUAAAGAAGUUUGUUUAUUAACAAUAAUUAUAUGGAUGUUAACAGCUAUUCCAACACUUAUUUAUACAAAACCUAUAAAACCAGAACAAUUUUGUGGAAGUUCAUCAUUUAUAUGGUCAAUGAUUUCAAUUUAUUUUUUUAAUCUAUUUUGUUAUGGAAUAUUUCCAUGGUUAUUUAUGAGUAUAUUUGGAAUAUUAACAUUAAAACAUCUUCGUCAAACUCAUCGACAACGUAUUAAUCCAUUACGAUUAACAAUUUUAACACGUAUGGCAAAUAUUGAUCAUCAAUUAACAUCAAUGUUAUUUUUACAAAUAAUUAUAUCAAUUAUAUCAUCAUUACCUUAUUGUAUACAAAAUAUUUAUGAUAAUUUAACAUCUACAAUAAUUAAAAAUGAAUAUCGUCGAGCACAAGAAAAUCUUUUUCUUCAAAUAGCUCGUCUUACUUUUUAUUUUAAUUAUAUAUCAAUGUUUUAUGUAAAUUAUUUAUCAUCACCAAUAUUUCGACAUGUAUCAAAAAAAGUUUUAAUUAAUUUAUUUAAGAAUAAAGAUGAUGUUUCAAGAGAUAUAACAAUAAUUAAUCAUCAAAUCAGUGAAAUACAAAUACAAGGAAAACAUAUUAAAAUGUCAACUAUUCAGACACCUUAUAUAAUAUCACGUCUUUAA